UAUAAGAAGCCAGGAAUCAAAAGUCAUCCACCUCAUUAUCAAGAGACUACCAAUUUCCUUAGUUUCAACUCCUCUUAAUUUAAUGGAUGUCUUGGUACACGCAUCACCUCCAAAUUCUCCCAAAUCCCAUCUCUACUCUCCAAGUGCUCUCAAAACCAAAAACAAUAUCGAAACAAUUCAGGAACAACAAAAGCCAGACCAAGAUUCCUCAUCAUCACAAUCUCCAGGGAUCACCAUGAGCAAUGAUUCAAAUAUUAGUGUGCAAGAAGACCAAAAGGCCAGGACAAACAAGAGAUAUAUCUUUCUUUUGGUGAUCAACUACUCGUUCCUGUUUGUGGGCUCGCUCUCUUCUAGUUUACUAUCGAAGUUUUAUUUCAACCAUCAAGGUUCUAGCAGAUGGGUCUCUACAUGGGUUCAAUCCGCGGGUUUCCCUCUCCUUCUCUUCCCCAUCUACCUCCCUUUUUAUGUCUUCAAAUGCACUGAUAGACGUCCAUUUAGUCUCUUCACUCCAAAACUGUUAAUCUUAUCAAUCUUCAUAGGUCUCAUGUUAGGCUUGAACAACCUUCUCUUUUCUUGGGGUAAUUCUUAUCUCCCAGUAUCAACCUCAUCUCUCCUUUUGUCUUCACAGCUAGUGUUCAAUCUCAUCCUCUCAGUGAUCAUAGUAAAACAAAAGAUCACUUUUCAAAAUUUCAACUGUGUAAUCCUCUUGACCCUAAGUUCAGUUCUGUUGGCUUUAGGUUCAAGCCAUGACAAGUCCCAAGGUCUAACCCGUGCAAAAUAUUUCCUUGGCUUCUUAUCAACAAUAGGAGCGGGCUUGUUAUUUGCCUUAUAUUUACCAGUCAUGGAGAAGAUAUACAGAAGGAUCUACUGUUAUGAGAUGGUGGUGGAAAUGCAGCUGGUGAUGGAGAUUGCAGCCACAGCUCUGGCGACCAUGGGGAUGGCAUCAGCCGGAGGUUUUUCAGAGAUGAAACGGGAAAGCCAGGUCAAGUUUGAUAAAGGAGAAAGGGUUUAUUGGAUUACAGUGUUUGCUAACGUGGUUACUUGGCAGUUAUGCUUCAUGGGCACAGCAGGAAUGGUUUUCUUAACAUCAUCACUAACAGGAGGGAUUUGCAUGACUGCCCUCUUGGCCAUGAACGUGUUAGGAGGGGUGGUGGUCUACGGAGAUGAGUUUGGUGGUGUCAAGGUAGUGUCCACUGUUCUUUGUGGGUGGGGUUUUUGUUCUUAUGUCCAUGGUCUAUAUCUUAAGGUGAAAGAAGAAAAGGAGAUGGAGAAUAAAAAUCAUGGGAUGGAGAUGGCUCAUCAUGCUGUAGCACCCAACAAUGUUUAAUGGGUUAUUAACAUCAUGGCUUUUCAUGUAAAGGCGAUCGAGGAGAGAAUUAAGCAGUUCCACUCCUAUCCUUUGUGUUAGUACUGAUGUAAUAAUAAUCUGAGAUGAGAAGAUGUUGGAGGCAAGAUGACGACUUAGAUUCCGUUUCAUUUUCCCUUUUGUAUUAUCAGCCUCGUUACACUAAUUAUCAUCUUCAUCCUAAUUGUUAA